GAGGCUGGUAUACUUUUUCAAGCCUUUGUUACGUGUACAACUGUUUGCUGCUGCCCAGGCCUACAGCCACCCUAAAAGAACAGAAGUCUUCUGCCAGCUGAAAGAUAAAAAGCUUGGAGUUAACCAUGGAAUGCCAAUGCAACUUGCCAGUUUUACAGAUGUAACUUUUAUCAGCCAAUCUGACCCCAGCUGUCAUCUCCUACAUCAAGACAAACUUAAUUUUUUUUUUUUAAAGUGAAGAGUGAAUCCAUUAUAUGUUAUAAAGGUGUAAGAAGAAGCAAACUGUUUAGAACCCCACCAAACACACAGAAUUUGCAAGUUACAUUUCUAUUAUGGGAGAGCUUCAAAGAGUUCUUGACAGAGGAGAGUAUGUUCCCUUGGCAUCUGCUCCUGUGUUUGAGAGCAACUUUGUUCAGGUCAAUAGAAGAGGGGAAUCGAUUUACCUUCAUAAUCGCCCCAACUACGUAAUCAUGGGUGUCUGUUCCUCCAGGCCAAACAGUUUAUUGCCAAAUGUGCUGCUGCUUGCACAUUCAUCCACUUCAUCCUCCCAGGAAGAUAUUUCAAUACAUCCAGCACUUUCAGAGCAAUCUUAUUUAGAAGAUGAACUAGUACUCACCAGGUUCUUACCUUUGAAGUUUGUGGAUCUUUCUGUUCACUCUGCUAAGAAGAGACGCAUCAAGUUAAAGCUGGUGAGCGGCCGUGCCUACUACCUAGAGCUCUGUGCUCCACCACAGUCGCAGGCCGCCCUCUUCCGUCAGUGGACGCGGCUCAUCAGUCUAUUGAAAAGUAAACGUUCUGAGAUCAACGUUCUAUAUAAAGAUUUUGACAUUCCGGCAGAAAAUAGAGCCAUCAGGAACAAAACUUUGAACAUAAGCAACCAAACAGAGCCUCCCUCUCCCUUGAACCAACAAGCCAGCCAAGAGUCAAUGAAAGCUCCAGUCAUUAAACAGACAUCUUCCAAGCGAGUCACUAUUUCUGAUAUAGUAGUAGGCCCUAUUGAAGAAUUUCGAAAGAGCCGGAACCAAGCACAAGUUUCUUCCUGCAACAGCAUGAGAAACCCCAGUGCGGAUUCAGGCAAACAAUUAAAGAAGAGCAGCAGCAUAAAGAACAGAUCCAGGGAAUGGGAAUCUUUUUCUAGUACAGGAAAAAGACUACAGACUUCAGCUAUUACUAGCGUAUCAACCUUCUCUCUGAUUACGCUUUCUCUCCCUCUUCUACUCUAAGUCAUCUCUUCAUUUUUAUUACUUGCUUUUCUUUUUUCUUAUCUUAGGACCUCCACUACACCAUCUCAUUUCCUUUCUUCCUUUCCUUUCAUCUCAUUAUUUCCUCUCCACUGUAUUAUUCCCAAUGCACUCGUGCAAAGGAUAAGCCAACUGUGAUUUACAGACUGUGCUCUUUUCAGUUUCUUAGUGGGGAUAAGAUCUAAUUUAUAUUUUAUUUCAUAUAACUUUUUUCAUAUUGUAUCAAAUAUUUGAGAUACAUGACAGUCAAAACUGACAGAACAAAGCAAUGUGACAGCGAAUAGUAAACAUUAUGGUCCCCUCACCUUAGGAGAGAUUGGAUUUGAUGUCUCUCUUUGAAGUAGACAAAUGAAAAUUAGCUUGUAAGUGUGGGUAACUGCUGUUAUAGAAAAUAUAAUAACAAUUUAAUAAAACACAUGAUUGACUGUGGCAUGGAAAAGCAAAAAACCAUUUUGCCUAAAUUCCUGUCCCAAACAGAUCUCCUCACUUUCUUUUGUGUUGUACUCCCUUGCUGUCUUUCUCUUUAACACACUCACUUUAUUCUCUGCUUUCCUAGGCUGUAUUUUCCUCAUGUUCCUCCUGU